AUGUGCGGCGGCGCCAUCCUCUCGGGUUUCAUCCCGCCGUCCGGGGUGGCGGCGGCGGCCGCCAAGAAGAAACAGCAGCGGCGUGUGACGGCGGACCUGCUGUGGCCGGGGCCCGGCAAGAAGGGAGCGCCCCAGGAGGAGGAGGAGGACUUCGAGGCCGACUUCCGCGAGUACGAGCGCGGUCUCAGCGAGGAUGACGUGGACGGCGCCGGCGAAGGCGGGGAGGACGAGGUCCAGGAGCUUCCUCCGCCGGAGCCGGCGAGGUUUGCCUUCGCCGCCGCGGCUAAGGCGCCGCGCCCUGCAGUUGAUGGUGUGAUGACUCCAAAGGAUGUUCAAGGAGAUAGACCUACUGCUAACUCGGUAAAGCGCAACCGGAAGAAUCAAUACAGGGGAAUCCGCCAGCGCCCUUGGGGCAAAUGGGCAGCUGAAAUCAGAGACCCUAGCAAGGGUGUCCGUGUUUGGCUUGGAACUUACAACACUGCUGAGGAGGCAGCUAGGGCAUAUGACGCUGAAGCUCGCAAGAUCCGUGGAAAUAAAGCGAAGGUCAAUUUUCCUGAUGAAGUGCCAGGUGCUCAGAAGUCAACUGCAAAGCCAACUGCUGCGAAUGCAACAAAGCUAGCUCUACCCCCAAAGGCCUGUGCUAAUGAGGUUUUCAAUAACCUGAGCAAUGAUAACAAUGAUUUGUUCGCAAUGUUUGCGUUCAAUGACAAUAAGGUUCCUGUGAAGCCAGCUGAGGGUGCCAGUUUCCUCCCUUCAGUGAAACCUCUGGUGCCCCGUAAGAGAUCUGCGACUAACAUGCUCUCUGACCAGAGCAGCAACUCCUAUGGCUCUUCUGACUUUGGGUGGGACGAUGACACCAUGACCUCAGACUACACCUCAGUCUUUGCUCCCAAUAAUGUUAUACCAGCAUCUUACAUGCAAGGUGGAGUGUCAAAGAGAAUGAGGAACAACUAUGGUGUAGCCAUGCUUCAGGGAAAUGGCGCUCCCAGUCUCGCACAAGUCAUGGCUGGUUUUGAUCCUGAGAUGAACUUUCAGCCAUUGCCUUAUGUUGAGAGCAGCUCAACAGAUGCAUCAAUGGAGCAAACUGAUAUUCCACAGGAUGGGGCAAGCAAUGGGGAUAUCUGGAGCCUUGAUGAGCUGCUCAUGGCUGGUGCUUAA